AUGUCUAUUAAUCGGCCUGAUUUCACAAGCAUUAGCCUUACAAGAAAUACUGUAGAAAAUAGGAUUUCAGAUCUUUCCACUGAUUUGCACAAUCAACUCAAGACGAAAAUUAGUUCAUUCAUUACUUUUUCCAUUGCUAUUGACGAGAGCACUGACAUUAUGGAUGUGGUGUCUCUGUUUGUUCGUUAUGUGUCUCGAGGUUUCCUGAGGCAAGAACUUUUGGCAUUAUUGCCUCUAAAGGGUCAAACCCGUGGUGAAGAUCUUGUUGGCGCAGUCGUAGAAUAUUUUGAAACGAAUUAUAUUCCCCUUAAUAAAAUCGUUUCAAUUUCAACUGACGGUGCUGAAAGCAUGCUGGGAUCGAGAAAGGGAUUUAUAACUUUAAUUAAAAGAAGAAUUGAUCAUGAAGUGAUUACUCUACAUUGUAUUAUCCACCAAGAGGCACUAUCUGCGCAAACGUUUAAGGAUUUUAGAAAAGAAAAAGCAACACUAUCGUUCGUUAUAAAUCCUCUACGUGCUAAAGUCAGCAAUUUAAAUUUAUUGCCAUUUGAAAUCAACGCAGCUGAGUUCGAAAUGCAGCUAUUGGACUUGACAUGUAAGGAAUUAUGGGCAUCAAAAUUUAUUCGCCUUUCAGAAUUACUUGAAACCUUGGAACAGAAACAUUGUCUGGUAAAAUUAAGAAUGAUAUUAAUGUUAUACAAAAGAAACUGGAAGAUGUGA